AGAUAAUAUUAUCUCAUUUGUAGAGCCUUUAAUUAAUUCUAUAUAGAAUUAAUUAGAUAUAUAGAAUUCUAUACAGAAUUACUUAAAGGCUCUACAAAAUAGUGGUCAUUUAUUGAAUUUUUUGGAGAUCCUUAGAAGUUAUGUCUAGCGGCCUUGUUUCAUUUUCCCACAAUUGUGUCCUUUUACAGAUGCUAAACAGUAAACGACCAUCACUACACGUUUAAAACUAUAAAGACACUAAAUUAUAAAAAAAAAAAAUCACAACUCGUAAUCCUCGCGCUCUCCCGCCCAACCGACUGCAUAAGGUCCCCAGUCCCCAGUUGACUUGUUGUAAAAUAAAAUAAUUUCAUGUUGUGUUUGAAGAUGUCUCUAUUCCACAUUCUCUAAUGUAUAAUAUGUGAUAUGAAACCGCCAAUUUAUAAUUUGUCUAUUUUAAAGGCAAAGACAAAAUAAUUUUUGGCCUAUGGUUAUAUUACUGGGUUAUUAAAUCGAUAUCACGAUGCUUAAUUCGACCAAAAUAAUCAAAUGACGCAAAUAGUCAAGAAGUAAACAGAUGUAUACUGGAUUUUGAAAAACAUAAGCUGUAGGUAUAUAGAUUCUGAUUCUGAAGAUUCUGUACUCGUUUAGACAGUACGUCAGUGUACCCAUUAGCCGCUUCAUUGCCCCGUAGACUACCAGUCUGCAAAAUUCUGCACCUUAUUAUGCCCCGUAGACCACAAGUCUACUAGAUUUAGGACCAUUAAAUUGCCCGUGUGGACUAGUGGUCUACAAGCCCUCUUGACUUGACCUUCCUCUAGUUUUAUGAAUAUUAUCCGUCUUGCUCGUUCAUUAGUGUGUUUAUAUAUAUCUUUCCUGCUUCUUUGAUAAAUUUCCAACCAAAUAAAACCAAUAGACCGUAUUCCAGUCCUGGAAAAAAUUAUAAAAAAACAAAAAACAAAGUUGAAGUUGUCAUUUGCAAAUGUGUGGUUCGCGUGUGCUGUGAUAUAAGUGUCGUGCCGCAUUGUGAAGAAUUUUAAUACUUACGGUGAGUAUUUUUACUUGAUUUUUUAUUAUUAUCAAGGUAAGUAAACUACUAAACUGUAGAAAUAAAGUUUUCAGCGUGAAACACAAAAUUUGUCCUUUUCUGAACCCGAUAAAGUUGACGGUAUAUUUUGGGCGCGCGCUUCCCGGCUAACGUAAUAGCUGCCGACGAAGUCCUUCGGAACGUGGUAGGACCGGAAACCGAUCUGCUUCAUUUUGACUGGCGAGGCGAGCCGGAAAAUUUUGAGUCUGUCAGGGAAGCAUUUACUGUGCCAUCUACUGGACCAACGUUUGAUAACGCCGAUUUAAUUCCCUUAGAUGUUUUUUUCAAGAUUUGGGAUGCAGAUAUUAUUGCUUACAUCGUGCGCGAAACCAACCGCUACGGUGCUCAGCUAAUAAGGUCGACCAUUCCAUCCAAGCCAAAUUCUAGAUUAAGCCGUUGGAAAGACGUCACCAGUGACGAAAUCCUACGGUUUUUAGCAGUUUUGAUGUUACAGUCACUAGUUAUAGAUUAUGUGGAGCGCGAAUAUUGGUAUGCCGUGAUUGAAGAACUCCAAAUAGGCAAUUUUAAAGAAAUAAUGACUUAUAACCGUUUCAUCGUCAUCAAACGUUGUCUCCAUUUUAUAGACAAUGCCACUUUGCCCGUGCCGCCUACCAAACUCGAUAAAAUCAUCCCCAUCAUAGAGCACCUAAACAAAAAAUUUAAGUCUUUAUACGUACUAGAACAAAAUAUAGCAAUUGACGAGUCACUCCUUCUUUGGAAGGGGCGCCUCUCAUUUGCGCAAAAAAUUGCUACAAAAAGAGCUCGAGUAGGUAUAAAGUCUUACGAGUUAUGUGAAUCCAGGACUGGAUAUUUAUGGCAGAUCGAGGUCUACACGGGCAAAGGGCACGCACAUGUGGUACAAGACGGGGAGCCGGAAGAGCGCGGGCAAGAGUCUGACGAGCCGGAGAGUGCCACGGCCCAGAUUGUGCUGAACUUAACGAGACCACUUUUUGAUAAAGGCCAUACAUUAAUAAUGGACAAUUUUUAUAAUGCGCCACUUUUGUCUCGGAUCCUAAAAGUUCAGCACAAGACUGAUUCGAUGGGUACUCUACGACUUAACAGAGAGUUUGUCCCCGAAGCUCUUAAAAAAAAAACAAAAAAAAACAUGAAGGAGGGCGAGGUGGCAUUCAGCACAACCAAAGACCUCAGUGUGGUUGUGUGGAUGGACAAAAAUAUUGUGGCAAUGAUUUCUUCUUUCCAUCCCAUAGAAGUCGGCGGCAUUGAAAAAUACGGUUAUUACCGGUACAAACCGCAAGUUGUUCUUGAUUAUAAUUUCUCAAUGGGCGGCAUCGACCACAAAGAUCAAAUGCUGUCUGCCUAUCCCAUUGAGAGAUCACGUAACAUAAUCUGGUACAAAAAAUUAUUUCGCCGACUUUUAAAUGUAUCGAUGCAUAAUGCUUUCGUAAUGUUCAACCACAACCGCACUCACGCCCUUCGUCACCGUGAAUUCCGCCUGCAGUUGGCAAAGCAACUGCUGCAAAGCAGCAGAUCAGCAGCACCUUCCCGGUCUUUAGCACCGGCAGCACGACCAGAACCAGCGGCAUGCAUACGGGACAUGCACUUGCCAGGAAAAAAUACAAAAAAACAGCGCUGCAAGCUCUGCUACUCUGCCAAAGUGCAGCGCUCGACGGUGUGGCGGUGUACCACCUGCAAUGUUAAUCUGUGUAUCAUAGGAUGCUACACCGUAUACCAUAUCAAUCUAGCGCAAACGCCCGCCGUUUAGUGCAAGUUGUUUUUUGUUUUUUUGUUUACUCCGGAUCCGACUACCUAGUCUACGUCAGAGUACGUAUAUAAAAUCAAUAUACAUAAGGUCGAAAUAAAUAAAGUCAAAGUGCCGAAAUUCGAAAUACAUAAAGUAUCAAAAUAUAUAAGUUCCAGUAUCUGUUGUUCUGGUCAUCAUCAGACCCUGGAAACUUUUUACAGAGAAGUUGCUACAUCUCUGGAAGUAUUUAGAUGAAAAAACGACUUCAAUAACUUGUUCCGUUCCUCAGUUCCAGUAUCUGUUGUUCUGGUCAUCAUCAUACCCUGCAAACUUUCCACAGAGAAGUUGCUAAACCUACGGAAGUAAUAAUUAACUUUAGGCAUUUUGGGAUGGGUGUCACAGAUAGUCAACAACAAACAAAACCGACCGACAAAACUCCGGAUCAAGAAAAAAUAAUGUUCCGGAUCACACUCGCUGUGUACCGAACCUUAAAUAUUGGUGUAGCCCGCCGAUUUUGUUGUUUACUCUUGAAUAUGUUUUUGUAAUACAGUACAAUACACAAGUGUGAUAUAUUUUUAGAAAGAGCUUGAAAUGUUCUAUUUGGUAUGAUUAUUCUUGUUUUUACAUUGUCUAUUUUGUAGAACAAAAAAUAUGUAAAACUACAAAGAUUUCACUGUGCGAAUGAGACCUGUAGCACUAAUUUUAACAUAUUUCAGUAAUGGCUAAUGCUAUCGAUUGUAUUUUUGUAUAUUUUGUAAGAAUGUAAGAUAGCCCAUAUUAUACUACUUAAAUUGUAGGCCUAAAUGUGAUAUUUGCGCAUCUGUGAUGAUAAAAGUUUGUCUAGAAUUACGGCUUGCGCCGCCAAAUUUUUAUGCAAAAUAAAAGAGCUGUAAAUAAAUAUUUUUGUAGGAA